AAAAGAUAAUCGCUUAUCAUUUUAAUUUUUAUCUUGACAAAAAAUGGAGACAUCGCUGCGAUAUGGAGGAGAUUCCAAAGCCUUAAAAAUCCACGCCAAGCAAAAGCUUCGAAUCGACACCAACACCUUCUUCCAGGUCCGUGGCGAGCUUGACACAGAAACUGGACAACCGAGUUCUGGAAGUGCACUCAUUAGACAUUUUUAUCCCAAUUUUUCAGCAACGCUUGGCGUUGGAGUGAGGUAUGAUAAACAAGAUAGUGUGAGAGUGAGGCAUGAUAAACAAGACAGUGUGAGAGUGAGGUAUGCUAAGAAUGAUAAGUUGCGAUAUACUGUACUUGCUAAGAAGUCGUUUCCGGUGACAAAUGAUGGACUUGUUAAUUUCAAAAUUAAGGGAGCAUGUGAUGUUGACCAAGAUUUUAAAGAGUGGAAAUCUAGAGGAGGUGCUGAGUUUUCGUGGAAUGUAUUCAACUUUCAGAAGGAUCAAGAUGUGAGAGUCAGAAUUGGUUAUGAAGCUUUUCAACAGGUUCCUUAUGUGCAGAUUAGGGAGAAUAACUGGACAUUUAAUGCAGAUUACAAAGGUAGAUGGAAUGUGAGAUAUGACUUGUGAGAAUAGGAAAGCACUUAUUGGGUAGACAUGUUUUGCUUGUAAUUUUUUGAUACACAUGUUCUAUUUCUCAUCCAAGAGGAGGGACCAUGCAUACAUUAAAGUGAAGUACAAUACUGUUUAAAAUAAGUUUCAUGAUUUAAUAUUUAAUUUUAUAGUUUGUA